CUCUCUCUCUCUCUCUCUCUCUCUCUCUCCUUGUUGUCUUGUUGCGUGCAUAACAUAGGGAGCCGCUGGUCUCCGCCGUCUCUCGCUUUCGUCCCAUCUCGUCGGACGCCGAAAGGGAUGGCAGCGGCCAUUGGAGCCUCGAUUUGGACCGCCUGACGUGGAACUUUGAAUUCCAUGAGUUCGUUUUGUUGGUAAAUCUCUCUUCUCAUAGUCAACACUGAUGUGAAAAGAUUUUGCUGAGAGGAUCGCUCUCCGAUUAUGGAGAGCUGUUACGAUCCAAUCACCAAGGUCGAUUCAUCUAAUCCUGGUCGGAAGACCAUCUUGCACUCCCUCCACCUUCCUAAGUCAUCACCUUGGUUUGAUCUGAGGGUUUUCUACGUGAGAGUGGGCAAUUGUGAGGUCCAUGAAUCAACUCCUGAUCAUCUUACUCUUAAUCACGUCCCCCUGACUCCCAACACCAUCCUCGAAGUAAAUGGUCAGAGAAGUGGCAUUUAUUCCGGCUGCGCUUCUUCUUUGCUUAGGAGGGACAGGGUUGAUAAGAGAUCGGAAGAAGUGACAUUUGUGAGCACAGAUAGUAUAAGGAUGACUGGAAGUGUCAGAUUUGAGGUCUACAAUGGAGAUGCUCUGCUUCUUGCCGGAGUCUUGGAAUUGUGUGGUGGUAAUGGUUUUACGGCAGAAUCAAGGAACACCAGAAAGAAAUGGAACAUGAAUUGCCAGCCUGUGAUGGGCUUUCUGAAGGGCAAACCUUCCAUGAGUUCAGAGAGGAGUUUGCCAACCAUUGAGGUAUAUGUUGCUGGUUGUUUCUCGGGUAGUCCCAUCAUCCUAACCAAGACUCUUCAGCUAGCUUGUCGGAAAAAACAUCAGAUGAAGGUUGUGCUGGAUUCUAUUCCGGAGCAUGAGACAGCUGAAUUUAUGAAGAAUGUUUCAUCUGAGGAUACUUUUCAGUUAACUGAAUAUGAUGGCUACCAACAAGAAAAUGAUGUAGCGGUUGACUACAACUGCAUCUACUCAAGAGCUGAAUAUAUGGAAGGGCAGGAUGGGGAACUCUCUUGGUUCAAUGCUGGUGUGAGGGUGGGUGUGGGGAUUGGCCUUGGCAUCUGCCUCGGACUUGGAGUUGGUGUUGGAUUGUUGGUCCGGGCGUAUCAAGCCUCCACUCGAAAUUUUACAAGGCGACUCUUCUGAUCCUGAUCUGAAACUACUGCCUCAACCAAUAUUAAUCACAAGAAUUGGAUUUUUUUUUUUUUCUUCCUCUCGUGCUCCACUCAUCCAUAAAGCAGCUAACUUUAUUCUGCCUCAAUGGCACCUUUCAUGCUGUGAAAUUUUUAGAUAGCAGGAACUUUCUACUUGUUGCUGACACAGUUUUCCUUGUGCUUAUGCUUCUGAAGCCUGUUUUGUUGAACGAUAAGUUCCAAAGCAUUUGAGAUUCUGUGGCAGCAUUUGUUUUUUUCCUAGUAUCUCUUUCCUUUGCAUAUGAAUCAUCUGAACCCACGGACUAGACCCGGGGUAUAAUAUUAAUUUAAUUGUUUUUCUUUUA